AGCGGUUAGUUCGAGUUCGGCUGUCGACGGUUUGGUUGCUUGGUCCGAAACUGUGUCCCGUGAAAUAGAGGCUAAUUGGAGUUCAAGAACGUUGCAUUUAAUCAAAUACUUAAUUAUUCACUAGCAGAAUCGGCCACAAUGUUGGGAGUGCAUGGCUUUUUAGGGCAGACAGUGUGUGUAUCUGUGUUUUUAACUUGCACAAUUCUGGCGACUGCAGCGUUACCGGCCACCACCCCUCUACCUCAAACCACCCACAUUGUCAGCUACGUACACCAAGGGCGAGCCGGUUCUAAGGGUGGUGAAAUCAGUGAAUUCGAUUACGAGAGUGUUCACAGCGGGGACUAUAGACGUAGCGCAGCUAUACGUUCAACGGAGCGCUCAACACCCAUUUCCCAGUUAUAUGGAGCAUUUAUUGAGCAGUUGGAUAUGAGUUUAGAUAAUGGCUUCUCCCGAACUAAUACAACUCCAGUAAUUAGCAUUUCCACAACGGAAUCGGUGCGUCAAACAGAUGACUUACUUCUGACAAAACAAAAUACAUUGGAGAACGCAGAUGACGUUUUUGGUCGCAAUGAACAGCAUGAGUCUUCUAAACCUGUGACUAGCGAUAGUCAUCCUAAUGUUAGCGUCAAGGUGUGGAGUCGCCCGAAGCAAAGCAUUCCUGUUUUGGAGCCUGUGCGUCAUCUUCUGAAUACGGUACGCGAGCAGCACAACCAAACGGUACAUGCUGCCAGGCAGCAUCAUCAACUGUUGGGCUCAAUGAUGAGUGGACUGGCCGAACACAUGCCCGCGAAUGAGUCAUCUGCUAUAGAGACAGAGGAGGAUCGUGAGACCGCCAACGAGAGCACAGAAUUCAAGUUACUUGACUUUGCAGGUAGCCUUGUUGGUAUGCUAUGGGGCUUUUUUGGCAACCUGCAGCGCGCCUUCGCGGCUAGCAGUGGCAAUGCUCUUGCUUCCACCUCGUCCAGUUCUUCCGGUGGCCAGUAGGUAUAUUUCGGGAGCCCCUUAUAGAGGAUGAAAUUGACGUAAUUAACUGUGAUUAACCAAAACUUUCGGGUAUUAAACGCAAUAUGAAACAUACAGACAUAUACAUACAUACAUAUGUACAUAUAUUUUGCUCACUUAGUAUUAUUGAAACGAUAACGAAGUUAAUGUUAAUAAAAUUAACACCCCUUUUGUUGUAAUAAA